CACAUACAUACAUGUUUCUACUCUAUUCCUUUAACGAUCCAAAACUACUCUUCUAAAGUGUUCUAAGAAUCAAUCCCUAAUCAGCUAAUAGAAAACUAAAGAGAGAUGUAUAAAGAACUGAGCAGUAGAGUUAAAGAGAUUAGAAGAGCAGCAAGCCAAAAGGUAAAAUACUUCUGUAGUAAACUGUAAAGUGGAAGGCACAGAGCACAGCAAAGCAAGCAGUUGGGAAAUAAAACAAAGCAAUUUCAGCAUCAGCCUGAAACUCAGAAGGAAAAGGAUAAAAAGAGAAGGGUGUAUUUUCUGUUUUGAUCAGAACUUAAAGGACCCCCUUCUUCCUGAGCUGCUGAAUCGCUCAUUUUUUGCAAUUUUUGAAAUUGCAAAAAGGCCAAAUGGGUAAGUGGGGGUUGCCGGGAGGAAGUCUGCAAAAUCCUGAGGAAAAGUAAAAGAGUUGGAAGCAGACAGUAAAAGCUCGUACCGUACAAACAAACAAAAAAAUUUCUUCUUCUCAGGCAUUGGCUUCUGACACCAACUCUUUUGUGUCACAUUUUAUAAUAAAUUCUCUUAAAUCUGUAUUUACACUGCUAUUUAUUUCCCCUUGCUUUCGUUUGUGGGUUUCUGUAGAGAUGUCAGAGACAAGAGCUGCAAAAAAAAGGCCAGUUUCCCUCCUCAACCAGAAGUUACAGAGAGAUGCAGUCAUAAUAUGAACACUUGAACAGGCAAGAAGAGAGAGGGAGAGGUGGGCAUGCAACACCAUAAUCAGAACCAUUAGUUUAUCAAUUGCUGAAGACUCUGCAACCCAAAUGGUCUCUGAAAUAAAUAUACAGUUCAGGACAUACACGAUACUCAGAGGGCUCUAGUAAUAAUCUAAACAGAGGAGCCUCCCACUCCCUGACCUGGUUUUAUCAUCUCCCUGGAGCUCUGUCUUGCUUGCGAUUUGAAGUUCUUUGUUGUUUCUCUCAACUGAUAAAUAGACUUAUUUUUAUCUAUUUCAAGUAUGUGUACCAGAAGUAUGUUUCCCUUCACCUCAGCUCAGUGGCAGGAGCUUGAACAUCAAGCUCUCAUCUUCAAAUACAUGGUUUCCGGCAUUCCUAUACCUCCUGAUCUCCUCUUUAGUAUUAAAAGAAGUACCUUGGACUCUCCUUUCACUUCUAAGCUUUUCCCCCACCAUCCUCAACAUGUAGGGUGGAACUAUUUGCAAAUGAGUUUAGGGAGGAAGAUAGACCCAGAACCAGGGAGGUGCAGAAGAACUGAUGGGAAAAAGUGGAGAUGCUCAAAAGAGGCGUAUCCAGAUUCGAAGUACUGCGAGAGGCACAUGCAUAGAGGCAAAAAUCGUUCAAGAAAGCCUGUGGAUGUUUUGAAAACGACAGCAACAAAUGAUAUUAACCGCCUUUCAAAUCCAGCGUUUUCUUCCCUAACCAACAAUUCAUCCCUACUCUCCUAUCGGCCCUUCCCCGCUCAUCAAAUAUCUUCAACUUCUAAUGGGAAUGGCAUAUCACCCCAAGACACUAAUACCCUCUUGCUUCUGGAAUCUGGUUCUUACUCGGACAGAAACCCAGAUUACAGAAGAAGUAGGGACACUUAUGGGCUAAAAGAGAAAGUCGAUGAGUAUGCCUUCUUCUCGCAAGAACCAUCUGAAACUGCUGCAAGAGCCGAUUCUCUGCAACUGACACCACUAACAAUGAGUUGUUCUUCUCUAUAUCCAAAACAGAACAACUGCUCUUCUUUGCAGAAUGAUCAGUCCUGCUAUCAGCCUCAUCAGAGCCUCACAGACCCUUUGAAGCAACAAAAGAGAGAUGAAUCACAGAAGACAGUUCAUCGAUUCUUCGAUGAAUGGCCUCCAAAAGAGAGAGGAUCACGGCUUGAUUUCGAAGAUAAAUCAUCAAAUACUGGCUCAGUUUCCACCAUUCGGCCCUCAACUUCCAUUCCCACCACUUCCAACGACUUCCCCAUUUUCGGAUUCAACAACCCAUAAUGAUUCCUGGCCCCGAACUCCUUUUUUCUUUCUUUUUUUUCCUUUUCUCCAAAGUCGGUUUGUUCCUGUGCCUGAUCUCCAGGGUGACCCCAGUUGUUCCUUAUUGAAUUUUAUUUGGUUUCCUAGGAUGUACUUUCGGCUGAAGCUUCAUCCCAUCUUUUUUCUUUUGUAGGGUGGGGUUCAAUUGGGCCAUGGGUUGUUUAUUAAACGAAUGUUCCAUCGUUUUUUAUUCUAGUGUAGACUUUUCUACAUCAUUUCUUA